UGAAGCCACACCGUGCAGACCAAGAACAUUUACUGGACAUGGUGGUUCAGCAGUGGUGGGAACAGGUGGGGGACACACUGCAUCUGCUGGUAGUGGGACACAACCUGCGGGUGGAGGAAUCAGACCAGGUACUGGACAUGGUGUAUCCACUGUGGGAAGAACAGGUGGGGGACAUACUUCAUCUGCUGGAAUGGGGACACAACCUGCUGGUGAAGAAACCAUACCAGUCAGCAACUGUGGAACACCUCCCACAGUUCCUAAUGGUGAUGUUGUAAAAACUGGUCACAUGUUUUUGAAGUACCAGUGCAUUUCCUUUUACACACAAGUGGGUCCAGCGGCAGUGGUUUGUUACAGUGAUGGCACAUGGUCAGAAGUACCCACCUGCAGAGCUACCUUCUGUUCUGUGGAUACAAAUGAAUAUCCAGCCUUAGAACCUGCUGAAGUAAAAUUUCUAAAAAAUGGUGAGAGUGAGACAUUCAAAUGUAAGGAUCUCUGGAGGUUUAAAAAUUAUUCUGUGGGCCACUGUGCUGAUGGAAGAAUGACGUUUACCAGAUGUUGUAACACGUUUCAGCUAAACACGAAUAUUUGCUAAGACUGUAUCACCAAGGGGAAGAUACUGCUGCCUUUGGAUAUGCUCACCACCGAUUGAAAACAAAUGCCAGACUGGAAACUUUUGAGAAACAACAAAGCUAUAUUAACAUAGGCUGCGAAUGCUUGCAGCAUUCACACCCAAUCAUGCUAUCACGCACGUGAUGGGUUUUUCAAAAACCAUAUUGAUGCAUGAAGACUUACCUGAAUAAAGUAUUCAACUGGAAUUUCAACACUAA